AGUAUAAGCUAAACCAUUGUCUGCUCUGUGCUGCUCUGCCAUCAGAGGGUUUUACCGCAAAGCCCAGCCUCAAAUACUUAGUGGGCUGACUUCAGUAUCUGUCGGCGGGAUCAAAGUUCACUGCUUUUCAGCAAGAUCUCCCCCUUCUUCAUCAGUUUCUUCCCGAAUCAGCUCAUAACAGUGAUCAUUGUUCAUGGCGCAUCAGCGGAUUCCUGGGUUCCAGCCUGUAAAUCCUCAAUCGCUCGGCGACACCACUUUCACCAAGGUUUUUGUCGGGGGGCUAGCUUGGGAGACGCGGAGCGACACUUUGAGGCGGUACUUCGAGCAGUUCGGGGAGGUGUCAGAUGCAACUGUCGUCACUGAUAAAACCACCGGACGGUCCAAAGGCUACGGCUUUGUGACUUUUCGGGAUCCUGAGGCUGCUAAGAGAGCCUGUGCUGAUCCGAUACUGCUUAUUGAUGGUCGGUGGGCAAACUGCAACUUGGCUUCCCUUGGCCGCCCUCAACUGGUUCCGCUUUAUGGUCAUCUGAAAACGGCUAAUUCAUAUGUUGGAGGCCUGCAGAUUGUGCAGAGGAAUUACGCUGGAAGUUUUCUGCAGCCUCUUCCUUACGGCUACUAUCAGCAAGGGCAUCUUUAUCCACCUUAUGGAUAUGCAACAUGUGGACCUAAAUAUCUCAUCCCACCGGAAAUUCAUAACCCUUACGCGGGUCAGCACUACCUCCCAAUAUAUGAAGCUUCCGGAGCAAUUACCCCUACUAUGUAUCAGUACGAGAGACUUGGUCAAACUGUUGCAAGUGGUCAUGGAUAUUCAUUGACACAGGGGUUCAUGAUGCCAGGCCAUAAUAUGAUGCAGUUUGGAGGGCUUGGUGUUGAUGGGUUAGCAACUUCACCGAUCCCUAUGGUUCAAGCAUUGUAUCCUUCAGGACAUGCAGCAGCUGUUUCUGUUCAACCACAAUAUCUACUCUCUGUUCCACCAGUUGUGUUCAGUGAUCUGGCCCAAAUAGCCGGCUGAGGGACCAAGCCAGGUAUAUGUAGAUUGAUUGCAUUACAGCAGGACUAAGAGCUGUCGGACAGCUACUCCUAGUGGCGAGCUUCAGAUUUAUCCUUGCGAAAACUAUUAAUUUUGCAAUCUAGAGGUCAGACAAAGUCACGGCAUGUCCAAAGAAGCUUAAAGGUCUAAAUAGAUUCACAUGGCCAAGAAGCCAGGAAGACGUGAUCGGGUCACUCUUCCCUAAUUUGCUGCUGCUUGGCAUUGGCAGCAAGUUUGUCAUAUCUCCAUGGGCACACUGGAGUGGAAGCGGCUUUUAUAUCCUCGGGGGAAUAAAACCGCGUGAGAUAUCAGAAGGUCCGAACUUUAGUGAAGUCUGAUUCACUUUAAAUGGGUAAUACGCUCCGCGAGUUUUGGUGCAUGGGGCUGAAUACCGUGUGAGCAUAUUGCAUCUCAAAAUCAGGGAUUGCUGCAUCUGUGGAAAUGAUGCUCUUUGUAAAACUGGAUGGUUGUGGUGAAAUUUUUUGGGUACCUGGGGAUCCUACCCAAUCAUUCAUAACCUGUCGUGUGCCUCGAAUUCCUUUUUA